CUGUUCUUCUCAGUUCUUUUUCUUGGACGACAAGCAACGCGCGCUUCUGUUUGAUUUGCAUUCUAAAUAAGUAGUGUUUUUGUUCAUUCAAAGAUGAACGCGCAACAAUUUCGAGCUGCCGCCCACGAAAUGAUCGACUUUAUCAUCGACUAUCUGGAAAACAUACGUAGCAGGCGUGUUCUACCAACAGUUCAGCCUGGUUACAUACGGGAAAUGAUUCCUGAAGCUGCUCCGGAACGCGGGGAGCCGUGGCAGGCCAUUUUCCAGGACAUUGAACGCAUCAUUAUGCCUGGAGUCACGCAUUGGCAUUCUCCUCAUUUUCACGCUUAUUUCCCGACGGGAAACUCUUGGCCGGCUAUUCUGGCUGACAUGUUGAGCGACGCUAUCGGCUGCAUUGGUUUUUCAUGGAUUGCGAGUCCUGCUUGCACUGACCUGGAAGUAGUCAUGAUGGAUUGGCUGGGACAAUUAUUAGGUUUACCCUCUCAGUUCCUUGCUUGUUCCGGGGGUACAGGAGGUGGGGUAAUUCAGGGAACAGCAAGUGAAGCUACACUUGUAGCUCUCUUGGCGGCCAAAUCCAAAGCCAUUAAACGUUUGAAGUUAAUGGACUCAAACAUCGAUGAAAGCCAAAUCGUUGGUAAUCUGUUGGCCUAUUCGUCAGACCAGUCUCAUUCGUCGGUAGAAAGGGCUGGUAUUCUGGCCGGCGUUCGUGUUCGUCUUCUUCAGACUGACGAAUUUUUCAGUCUGCGGGGAGAAACUCUCAAAUUGGCCAUGGAAGAAGACAGAGCCAAAGGAUUCAUCCCUUUUUUCGUUACCGCAACUUUGGGUACCACUCCUUCCUGCGCUUUCGAUGACCUUUCCGAGAUUGGAUCCGUUUGCCAAGAGUUCCAGAACAUUUGGCUCCACGUUGACGCCGCAUACGCUGGCUCAGCAUUCAUUUGUGACGAAUAUCGUCAUUAUUUAAACGGCCUUGAAAUGGCUGACUCUUUCAACUUUAAUCCACACAAAUGGCUAUUAAUCAAUUUCGACUGUUCCGCCAUGUGGUUGAAAAAUGCCAAUGACGUGGUGGAUGCUUUCAACGUGGACCCUUUGUACCUGAAACAUGAUCGACAGGGACAAGCCCCAGAUUACAGGCAUUGGCAGAUCCCCCUUGGCAGACGAUUCCGUUCAUUGAAGCUCUGGUUCGUCAUGCGCUCUUCCGGGGCAGAGGGCCUGCGGGGUCACAUCCGCCAGCAGAUUCAGCUGGCUAAUGAAUUCCACCAACUCGUUGCUAAAGAUGACCGUUUCGAAAUUCCUGUACCACCUGCCAUGGGCCUUGUUUGCUUCCGUAUGAAGGGAGAAAACAGUCGGAACGAGGCACUACUGAAAAGAAUUAACGACUCUGGACGCAUACACAUGGUACCGGCCAAACUUCGUGGACAAUUUGUUCUCCGCUUAGCUGUCUGCUCUCGUUACACUGAAUCACGCGAUAUCGUUUAUGCUUGGCAAGAGGUCAGCAGUCAAGCCGACAAUCUCAUGGGCCAGCCAGAAUUGCUGUAACAUUCAUGACCAUUUUUAAAUGUUAUUUGAUGUUUUUUUUCCCUGUUUUGCUUAUAAUAUAUGUAUACAGCAACCUUCAAAAACAAAAUUAAA